AUGUCUACACUUCUAGCCAUACCUCGAGAGCUGCGCGAAGAAAUCCUUCAUUACCUCACCCUGCCAUCGACCGUCUAUACAUCUAGCGCCAAGGCCGAUACCCACUCACUUCACCAAAUUGGUUCUAGAAAGACUGAAGAGACAUACGUCGAUACGAGGAUUUACCUACCUUCGCGGCCCCCAGCAAAUGUGCUCUCUACAUGCAGACAAUUGCGACAAGAAGGCUUGGAGCACCACACUCAUCUGCUCAACUCUUCUUCCGUGGUCGAGAUCGAAGACUCCAAAGCUGAAGUAGCCAAUAGUACAAAGGUAGCCGAAAGGUCUGGCACGGAAUUUGACGAAGCGGCCGAACGAGCUGGUGAUGAUGGCGUGACUCUUCGCCUGACUCUGGAGGUUCAAAGAGCGCAGCGCGGUCCGUUUGGCUUCUCGGUACCCAUUCGCGAAGAGCUAUCGCCUCGUUUCCUAGCGCUGCUGCCCCUUAUGAAGACAGCGCGCAAGCUGAAGCUGGUUGUCUGGCCAGCCUUUGACUGGUGGAACGGUCCGCCUCAAGUCUCGCCGUUGGAACAGUGGAGGCAACGAAAAGCCCUUCUCAAGCGUAUCAAUGCUUACCAAGUCGGUCAUACCGAGCAGCCAAGCGAGGCUGAGUCCGCCAAAACGAGCGAUACUGCUCAGCCAAGAUUGGAUGCUGUGUCUGUCGCUGUUGGGAAGAUUCUAGCUCAGCUGCCAGCAGUCGAAGAGUUGGACCUCGGUGUCUUCAUUGCAACUGGCGAUCUGUUCAGAUGGGACUUGCCAGACGUCAAAUGGGAGAAGAUUCAACCUUGGCUUGAUGGUCCUAUUACCAGAACCGGUGGUGUACAGUUGCGCAGGGUCUCGAGAACGUUGACAAGCGUAUGGCAAAUGCCAGAGGUCGAAAUUGCAAGCCAGCAGCCGUUCUAUGUACAGAAGGAGACACGCAGCGACACCUUGAGCAACAAAUGGCGCGUUGAGAGGCAGGGCGGACUACGUGCUCCCAUGUUCGAGCAUCUCGCGCACUUGGCUGCUCUCGAAUUGCCAGAAACUAGCGUUAACGAAACGUUCGAGCGAGUCGAUUCGUAG